AGAGGGAGGCGUCCUGCCGUUGACUAACGAAUUCAGAAAUAGGUCGUAUUUUUAGAGCCCCGCUAUGGAUGGAACUGAAGAAAAACCCAAGGAUUUAAUCAGAUUCACGAACGAAAAGCUCUCUGUGGAUGAAGUCUCGCAGUCGGUGAUUUCUCCUUCUUGUGGAGCGUUGUCCCUCUUCGUAGGGACCACAAGAAAUAACUUUGAAGGGAAAAAGGUGAUUAGUUUAGAAUACGAAGCCUACGUCCCAAUGGCAGAAGCUGAAAUCAGAAAAAUCUGCGACAACAUUAGGGAGAAAUGGGCCGUCAGGCACAUUGCCGUCCACCAUAGGCUCGGCCUAGUUCCAGUGACAGAACCAAGCGUGAUCAUCGCCAUAUCCUCAGCCCACAGAGCCGAAUCUCUGGAAGCAGUGAAGUACAGCAUCGACACUUUAAAAGCCACAGUGCCGGUAUGGAAGAAGGAAAUUUAUGAAGAAGAAUCUUCUUGGAAAGGAAACAAAGAAUGCUUCUGGACAAAAUCCGAUUAAUUCUUAUCGAUUGCAAAUUCAUUCUUCUUAAAAUUUCCGUCCAUUUAUUGUAAUAGGGUGUGCUUUUUCCUUUAUUGCUUCUCUGCGUCAAAAUGAAUAUUCUUUCCAAAAACUCAGAAA